AGUUGCAGUUUCCACCCCAAUUCGCCAAAACCAAAAAGUCAUCAUUUCAUCAUCACUAUGAGCAUCAUCAUGGAUCCAAUUCCAAUCCUAUUUCAUACCUAAAAUACCCCUAUCCUUCAUUCAUUCCUUUGACCGCUUCCUACCUUGGUGUUUUGUCUUGUCUUGUCUUCUCUUCUCUUCUGCACCGUUAGGGUUUUAUCUUCCCCUCUUUCCUUCCUCUUUCUUUCACACUUGCCAAGAUCCCGGUGGACUUUUCUCACAUACCCUUUUCCGGAAACCCCUCAAAGCUUCAACCUUUACCAAUAACCCUUUCUGGGUCCGGGUCAUUGCCUCAGCUCUCAGUUUCGUUUUCGAUUGUUAAUUUCGUGUUGGGGAAGUUUUUGACUUUCGAUCUGAUCCGGUGCUGAAGGUUCUGCUGUAUUUUCCUAAGCUGGUUUCGAAUUCGGGUUAAGCUCGAAAAAGGGUAUGUUUUCUGCAUCUAGCCUCAGCUGUAAGGUUAAUUUUUGUGCUGUUGGUGGGAUUGAUCCGCACGUUGUCUGUAUUUGAGAUAAGACUGGUGAAUUUUUUGAGAUUCUUAUUGGGAAAUUUGGGUGUUGAUUCACAAUUUACAAUUUGCUUGACUUCAAGCCUGGUUUGUUGUGGUAGUAGUAGUAUACUAGAGCUUUGUUGAAAGAGUUCUUUUGGUUGAUUUGUGAGAAUACUGGUGUUUCAGUUUGGAUUUUGAAGUUUUGGGUGUUCUUGGAAGCUUUUGAGAUUUGGUUUGUUUUGCUGAAAGGGGAAAAAACAAGUGGUGGUUUCUGAUUGGAGCUAGUGUGGUUUUGGAUUUUUAUUUGCAAAUGGAUAACUCCAAAAACAGACAUAAUGAUAGUUUGGGUGUGAACAAGAUGGGGAAAAAUAUUAGGAAGAGCCCUUUACAUCAGCCCAAUUUUGGUAAUAAUAAUGCUGCUAGACAACAGCCUCAGCCUCAGGUGUAUAACAUAAGCAAGAAUGAUUUCCGGGAUAUUGUUCAGCAGCUUACUGGAUCACCCUCACAGGAUCCUCUACCUAGGCCUCCACACAAUCCCCCGAAACCACAGAGUAUGAGACUGCAGAAAAUUAGACCUCCCCCAUUAUCACCCAUCAAUCGACCUCGCUUGCCCCCGCCAAUGCCAAUGCAUGCAGCCCCUCCUCCAGUUCCUUACAAUAAUCCCAUACCUAGACCACCUGCUCACUUUGGACAACCAUCACCCACUCCUAUGCAACCCUUAACGCCUGGGGAUCUAUGGGCUAAUACAACUGAGUCACCUAUCUCUGCUUACAUGCGUUAUCUUCAGAAUUCAAUGAUGGACCCAGGUUCGAGGGGUAACCAUAACCAAGUCCAUCCUCAACCACAUCCAUACCCAUAUCCACAGCCCCAAGGACCACCGGGCCAUGUUCAGUCUCAACCUCCUUCAUCUGCUUUGCUUCCUAAUCCUCCCAUGCCCCCAAUCCCUUCUCCAAGAUUUAAUGGUCCUAUUCCACAUAUGAAUGCUACCAACCAUCCACCGCCUUAUAUUCCUUCACCGCAUGGAAAUGGCCCUCCCCUUUUACCUUCUCCAACCUCUCAGUUCCUCCUGCCUUCGCCAACUGGUUACAUGAAUUUACUGUCCCCUCGGUCUCCUUAUCCGCUACUGUCACCUGGCAUUCAGUUCCCAUCUCCAUUUACACCCAAUUUUCCGUUCUCACCCAUGGCACAGUCAGGGAUUUUAGGCCCUGGCCCUCAACCUCCACCUUCUCCGGGUUUGUUUCCAUUAUCUCCUUCAGCCUUUUUCCCCAUCUCAAGUCCCAGGUGGAGAGAUCACUAGCCUUCUCAAUUUGUGCUUACAUGUAUUAUUGGGGGUUCUUCCUUCUAACUGGGCAGAUCUUAGUCUUGUUCAUUAUCAUGUAAUGUACAAUCAAGUUGUAAGAACUCUUUUGGUGUAGUGUUCAUUUUCAAUUCCUUUCUUUUUUAUUUGAUAACCAUAAUGGUUGUAGUCCCUUUACUUUGACAAGUUUUACAUUAGGCAAUAUAUUGGAGAUCAGACAACUCAAUUGGACAGUUGGACAGGAGCUGUGAGAUGGAAGGCUGAUCUGUAACUUGAAGGGAAGUAGGAUUACAGACAAUAUUUGUUAUGUAGGUUAGUUCAUGUUCUUUUGUAAUAUAAUGGAUUACACCUGAAAGUGCAUAGUUAAUUUCAUGUUAUCCUUCCUGUGGAAGGUGUUUUGAAGUACUGACGUUGUGGUUAUUACUAUGUCUUUGCAAUGAAACAUAUUCCUCAGUGUA